AUGCGUCGGUUCAGCUGCUGGUGUGACGGCCUGGGACGCUUCCCUGGUGAAUCACACGCUGCUAUUGCUGCAGUAAAUUUCAAUGGGACACAUCCAUCAGUUCACACGGACUUGACACCACCAGAAUUAAGUGCAUCUGCAACGCUAAUUUGGCCAAAUGAUAUAACUUCUAAAGAGGUUAAUUCUAAAACGCUGAUGAUUCUGGAGCAUGUGGAUCCUGGCACAAGAAAAAACCUAUCAACCAAAACUUUAAGAAUGCUAAAGGAGGAAACUGGAGCAGAUGAGACCAUUUCAAGACACCAAAAAUGGGUCACAUAUGCUACACCGAACUCCCUUCAGAUACAGCAAGUGUCACAGAAAUCCAGCAAGUUCCAGCUUUUAGAAAUUAAAGGGCUUUAUUGGAGGAUAUGGCAUAUGGAUCUUGUUCAGUCCGCAGUCCUGUAUAGUGUAAUGACCCUCAUCAGUACCUAUCUAGUAGCUUUUGCGUAUAAGAACGUCAAGUUUGUUCUCAAACACAAAGUAGCACAGAAAAGAGAAGAUGCUGUUUCCAAAGAAGUUACUCGCAAGCUGUCUGAGGCAGACAAUAGGAAGAUGUCUCGUAAGGAGAAGGAUGAAAGAAUUCUGUGGAAGAAAAAUGAAGUUGCAGAUUAUGAAGCAACAACUUUUUCCAUCUUCUACAACAAUACUCUCUUUCUGGUCUUGGUCAUCAUUGCUUCAUUUUUUGUGCUGAAGAACUUCAACCCCACUGUAAACUAUAUUCUUUUUUUAAGUGCUUCAUCUGGACUGAUUGCUCUGCUAUCUACAGGAUCCAAGUAG